ACCCUCCGAUCUGCAAGUCCACUGGAUACACCCGACUCCGGCACCUGAAAGGAAACAUCUGCAAUUGUCAUGCAAAUUAAGCACAGUUACGCAGGUGUGUAGCGCGCGCAUGCUAAGAGGCGUGCGUAUGUAUGCGCUUUCUUUAAAAGUUUGGUUACACUUUGGUGUGUCAGCGUUGGGGUGAAGUCCUUGAGGAGGGUGGCUGUGUCACAGGGAGGAGAAAAAAUGGAGUUGGGGACAGUGGCUAUGUCACAGGCGGAAGAAAAGAAGGGAAGAUGUUGAGUGGGUGGCUGUGCCACAGGCAGAAGAAAAGGAGUUGUCAGGUAGGGUGGCUGUGUCACAGGCGGAAGAAAAGGGGUUGUCAGGUAGGGUGGCUGUGUCACAGGCGGAAGAAAAGGAGUUGUCAGGUAGGGUGGCUGUGUCACAGGCGGAAGAAAAGAAGGGAAGAUGUCGAGUGGGUGGCUGUGUCACAGGCGGAAGAAAAGGGGUUGUCAGGUAGGGUGGCUGUGUCACAGGCGGAAGAAAAGGGGUUGUCAGGUAGGGUGGCUGUGUCACAGGCGGAAGAAAAGAAGGGAAGAUGUCGAGUGGGUGGCUGUGUCACAGGCGGAAGAAAAGGGGUUGUCAGGUAGGGUGGCUGUGUCACAGACGGAAGAAAAGAAGGGAAGAUGUCGAGUGGGUGGCUGCAUCACAGGCAGAAGAAAAGAAGGGAAGAUGUCGAGUGGGUGGCUGUGUCACAGGCGGAAGAAAAGGGGUUGUCAGGUAGGGUGGCUGUGUCACAGGCGGAAGAAAAGAAGGGAAGAUGUCGAGUGGGUGGCUGUGUCACAGGCGGAAGAAAAGGGGUUGUCAGGUAGGUUGGCUGUGUCACAGGUGGAAGAAAAGGGGUUGUCAGGUAGGUGGCUGUGUCACAGGCGGAAGAAAAGAAGGGAAGAUGUCGAGUGGGUGGCUGUGUCACAGGCGGAAGAAAAGGGGUUGUCAGGUAGGGUGGCUGUGUCACAGGCGGAAGAAAAGGAGUUGUCAGGUAGGGUGCCUGUGUCACAGGCGGAAGAAAAGAAGGGAAGAUGUCGUGUGGGUGGCUAUGUCACAGGCGGAAGAAAAGGGGUUGUCAGGUAGUGUGGCUGUGUCACAGACGGAAGAAAAGAAGGGAAGAUGUUGAGUGGAUGGCUAUGUCACAGGCGGAGGAAAAAGGGGUUGUCAGGUAGGGUGGCUGUGUCACAGGCGGGUGAAAUGAAAGGGAGGCUUCAGGGAGCUUGGUUGCGUCCCAGGGAGUAGAGAAGAAACAGAGUAUUCAGGGAAUGUGUUGUGUCACAGGCAGGAGAAAGGGGGUCAUGGCGGAGGGUGGCUGUGUACCAGGCAGUGGAAAACCAAGGUAGUCCUAAAGGAAAAUGGCUGUGUCACAGGCAACAGAAAAGAAAGGGAGUCGUCGGCGAUAUCCCCUCCCAUCCAUAUGAGUGGUAUUUUCAUGUUUCACUCUAGGGAGGAAAGCCUUGGGACAAAAUAUCAACAAAACUGUAUGUAUACUCCACAUGAGCAGGAGUGCAGAAGGAGCAUAUGCUAUUUUACAAGCAUCUCCAUUUUUAAAAACUCUUUUUUUAAAAAAAGAAAGCUCCUGAUCUUCCCGAGUGCAAAAUCAUGCUUUCAUGUACAUGGCAUGGCCAAUAGCUGCCGCUAUCCCAGUAGCGAUGAGUGGUGCAUGAAGAUUACUAUUUUAUUCCCCCACCCUAUUCCUCCAAGGAGUUCAGGGUGGUCUUCAGGGUCUCCCCUCCUCCAGUCUACCCUCACACAACAACCCUAUGAGGCAGGCUAGACCAGUGGUGGCAAACCUAUGGCACUCCAGAUGUUCAUGGACUACAAUUCCCCUCAGGCUGAUGGGAAUUGUAGUCCGUGAACACCUGCAGUGCCAUAGGUUCGCCACCACGGGGCUAGAAUGUCAAUGAAUUAUAGGAAUGAAACAUGAUGAAAGAGAUGUUGUAGAAAGGGGAGGAGCAUUUGUACCUUCGUAGACCCUUGCCCCUCACUAUGACUCGCAAAAGGAGAGUGCAUUUGGCAAAGCAGGAGCUGUUUAAUUUACACGGUUUAAGAACGUAAGAACAAGCCUGCUGGAUCAGACCAGAGUCCAUCUAGUCCAGCUCUCUGCUACUCACAGUGG